AUGGUCCGCUUCAACUCUGCAGCCCUUCUGGGCUCUGCCAUGGUUGGCCUGAGCAGCGCAGCUGGCGCUGGCACCAAGGCUGAGUACGCCUCCGGCGAGGUUCAUCACCGCAUCAUGGGCAUUAAGAUGUCUUUGGAGGCUCAAUGGGAGGCCGAGGCAGAGGCCGGUCUGAUGGACAGCGCCCGCUACCCCGAGCUCGAUUACACCCCUUGCGUGGACGGCUUUGCUGCUGCCAUUCCCGGGGAUGCUAACCACACUUUCCGGUGCAGAAAUGUCGACCUAUACCACUUCCUGUCUCACGAAGCCCUUGGCAGCUGGGGAGGACGAGGCUCUUCGUCCUGGGGUUGGACCUCAGCCGAUGGCAGAGAGUUCGUUGCCAUUGGCCAGUAUGAUGGCACCGCGUUUGCCGAGAUCAGCAAGGAAGGCAAGCUUGUGUACCUUGGUCGCCUGCCUCAGUACGACGCCAUUGGCUCGAACUGGAGAGAGAUUCGUAUCGUUGGAGACAUCGCGGUCAUUGGAUCCGAGGCCAUCAAGCACGGUGUCCAGUUCUUCGACAUGAAGAAGAUCCUUGACCUCGACCCUGCGAACCCUAAGAACUUCACCCAAGCCGAGCUCACCGGCCACUGGGAUGAACUUCCCGUCGGCCGAACGCACAACAUUGUUGUAAACCAGGAGCUCAACUAUGCCAUUGCUUGCGGUUCUGUUGGUGGAAACGAAACGAUCCGUGUCAGAGACGAGUUGCCCUGCCGCGGUGGCUUGAUCUUUCUCGAUAUCAGCGACCCUACCAACGUCACGAGCCCCGGUUGCGCCGCCGGUGACGGCUACGUCCACGACGCCGAGUGCCUUGUCUACCGUGGCCCUGACGCCCGUUACUACGGCAAAGAUAUCUGCUACGGCUACAAUGAGGACACGUUGACAAUCUACGACGUCACGGACAAGAACGGCAACGUCACUAACAUCAUCUCCAUCAGCGACUUCCCGGGUGCCCAGUACGUUCACCAGGGUGUUGUGAACAACGAGACUUGGCAAGAGUACCUCUUCCUGGAUGACGAAUUCGACGAGCGUGACGCCAAGGUUGGCCCAAUGACUCAGGGUCUCCCUACGACGCACAUCUUUGACAUCCGUGACCUGGAGAACCCCGUCUACACCGGCAACUACGCCGGCAAGACCCGCUCCAUUGACCACAACCAGUACAUCGUUGGCGGCUACCUGUACCAGUCCAACUACGGCAACGGCCUGAACGUGCUCGAUGUCUCGAGUGUCACAAAAGAUCCUACCGGUGCUGGCAUUUGCGAGGCUGGCUUCUUUGACAUCUACCCCGAGGAUGACGAGGAGGUGGGCGGCGGAAAGGUCCAGUUUGCUGGAUCCUGGUCGUCCUACGCCAACUUCAAGUCUGGCUUCAUCUUCGUCCACACCAUCGAGCGUGGCAGCUUCGUCGUCAAGAUGACCUCCAAGGAGUGCCCCAAGGCCCCCGUCUGCAACGCCGAUAACUGCCUCCGCGCCCUGCGCGCCAACAGCGUCCCCGGUCGUCUGGAGGAAUCCACCGAGUUCUGCGGCAACUUUACCACCCGCCAGAGAACCGAGGAGAGCCUGCUGCCCGAGUAUGCCUCUAAAGCCUGCGUUGAGAACAAUGACAAGAAGCCCGUCGAGAGGGUUAGCAGUGCUUGUGCGUGUAUCCCCACGCCUGUUGUGCCCGAGCUGCCCAGGACGACGACUCGUCCUCCUGUACCAACCGUGCUGCCUCCCAAAGCAUAG